AUCAAUCGUCGUUUCAUUUCCCAUUUUCUAGAAUUGAUUCCUGGAUCUUCCUUCUGUUGGGUGCCCUAGCGUUUAUGCCAUUGUUAUGGGUUCCAUUUUGAAGAUUUUGUUUAUCCGAUGUCUUCUGUGGUUUAUCAAUUGCAUUUGAAUACCGUCCUUUUCCAUUUAGCGAUAAUUGCUGGAGGGUUUCUGGGUUUGGCAGUGGUAGUCUGCCUAGGAGCAUAAUGGGUGAUUUUUCCAUUCAGAUUAGUUCAAACCUUGUUAAUAUGUUAAUUGAUGAUACCGAAAAACCGAAAAGAAAACCGAGAAGAAACAGAACGAAGGAACCCCAAGUAAAGGUUGAUCAGAAACAUGUAUCUGAUGAUUCUGGGAUGCUCAAGGGAAGCACAAGUGAUGGAUGGCCUCACCAAGCUCCUCCGCUCUUUCUUCCCAUAAUUCCGCCCGUGCAUUCUGCCAAUCCAGAGCUAGAUGCAAUCCGAUCCAUCCUGCAAGAGAGCGAAAGGGUUGUCGAGAAGUUGCAGAAGCAGGAGGACAACAUGGUGCAGGAAGUUACUCAAAGGGCAAAGGAACUCCAUGACAAGGAGUUCAAGCUCCCUUACCAAAAGCCCAUGCCAUGCGUGGCUGAGAGUGAAGCUUGCUUUCAAUGCUACAAAGAUCAUCCCAAUGACUCUUUGAAAUGUGCUCAUCUCGUAAAAAGUUUCGAAAACUGUAACCGUCAAGCUCGGCAGAAAUUGAGCUCGAGCUCGGUCGAGAAGUAGGAUUGCCAUCUGCAAUGAAUCUUCUCUUGUACUGAGAACAUUGUGAUUUCAAGUUCUCACCGAGAAAAGGAAAGAAAAAAACUGAUUUAGCCAACAGAAAUAACCCAAGACAUGACUGUUGGGGGUUCCUUUGAUUCAAUUUUGUGUGUUGUUUCUUGAAUCGUAUUGGCCAGCCUUUCUCUUAGGCUCUAUGGGUGUACUUAUAUGUCAUUCACUACGGUUCAAAUCCGUUCGACUAGAUGAGUGAACUCUUCCUCGUACCCUUCAUAAAGACGGUUCAUGAGUGAACUCUUCCUAACGAGAGGCUUGCCAACGUGCGUCUAUUAUUGAAAUCACCCGAUUAGAGA